AUGUGCAAUUACAAAGUUCCGGUGAGGUUCUUAAAAAGUUUGUUUGCCCGAUUUAGUGCUACAAAAGCACUUAUCAGUGACCAAGGAACGCAUUUUUGCAAUGCGCAGUUAGAACGAGCCUUAUCCCGUUAUGGUGUUCAUCAUAGAUUGGCUACGCCAUACCAUCCUCAAACGAGCAGUCAAGUGGAGGUCACAAAUUGUGGUUUGAAAAGAAUCCUUGAAUGGUCCAUUAAUCAAAACCGUAAGGAUUGGUCAGACAAGUCAGGUGACGCUCUGUGGGCUUUUAGGAGGGCAUUCAAGACACCUAUAGGGACCACUCCAUUUAGGUUGGUUUACGGAAAAGCCUGUCAUCUACCAAUAGAGCUAGAACACAAGGCAUUCUGGGCCUUGAAAACGACAAACGUGGAUUUGAAAAGCGGAGGUGAAGCCUGUUUUCUGCAAAUCCACGAGCUUGAGGAGCUAAGAAACCAUGCCUACGAGAUUUCUAGCAAGUACAAAGAACGAGCCAAGAGGUUUCAUGACAAAAGAUUGAGAGAACAUAAAAAUUUCCGCGUUGGAGAUCUUGUCCUGUUAUACUCCCCACGACUGCGUUUAUUCCCCGGAAAGCUAAGAUCUCGAUGGACGAGUCCAUACACGGUCAAAGAGGUAUUUCCAUAUGGUGCCGUCAUCAUCGAAAACUUAAGCGGGGAGACAUUCAAAGUCAACGAUAAUCGAUUAAAAUUUAUAUGA